ACAUGGCAUCAGUCGCGGAAGUUCCUUCGGCGAAGCGCAGCAGCACGCAUCGAGCACGUCCAGCACCUUAGCCGACACCUCGACGACAUGAAGCUCUUCGUUCUUUGCGUCAUUCUGACGGUCGCUGCAGCGCAGCCCGCCAAAAAUGAAUUCUGGAAAGGCACCAGCAUGGACGCCAUGGUUGACCAGACGAAAAUCGAUUGUGCUCAAAAGAACGACGAAAUCUCUUGUAUGAAGUUCAAGGUGCUCAAUCUUCUGGACCAAAUCUUCCGCAAAGAUAACUUCAAGGUAUCAGAGACCGUCGAGGUGACCCGCAAUUCCUACCCGGUGGAGGAGCAAACCUCUGGACGCAGCGAGGCUUCCUUCCUGGACAAUGUUAGCUCUUACCUGAGCUCCCACGACGUCACGUUCAAGCUACCCCUCGAAUCGUCCGUCAAGGUGAGCGCCCGCAACAUCGAGAACGACGAACUCUCCUUCAACGUCAAGUUCGGAGAGGGUCGCGCUGCCGUCCAGGAGGCCCGCAAGUCCAAGCUGAAGAAGGUCAUCAUUCCGAUCCUCGUCUUCGUCCUCUUGAAGGCCAUGACCCUGAUCCCACUGGCCAUCGGUAUCCUCGGCCUCAAAGCCUGGAACGCUCUUCAGCUCUCCUUCUUCAGUUUCGUCGUCUCCGUCGGUCUGGCCAUCUUCCAACUUUGCAAGAAGAUCGCCGCAGACAGUCACGCUGCUCCCAUCUCGGCCCACGGACCUUGGGAGUACCAAGCAGCACAGUACAGGUCCUUCGACACCGUUCCGCAGAGUCAGGAAGCACAGGACCUCGCGUAUGCAGCCUACGCUCAACCCUGAACAGCCCCGAAGAAGCCGAGCCCUCGAACCAAAGGAGCCAACUCACUGAGCUCACCCGAGCAAUCACGAUCGCGCACCACGUCCCUCACUUUUGUACAGUACCUUCCUUCCCUAUUUAUACCUCCUAUUUAAUAAAUUAUUCGUGCAAUGUA